CGGCAGCGGCCGGUCGGGUCCCUCGCGUGUGCGCUGGGUACAGCGCGGUAUCCCCGUCGGAGGACAGCAGCGAGAGACCGCCCGCUGGAAGCCGCCCAUGCGGUUUUAACGCAGCGAUACUUUCAGUAGGACAACAAUCAGGAACAGAAGUGCUUAUUCUGAUUUCCUACUAUCAAGGACUCAGUUUACAUCAUAAAUCUAUUUCUUCAAGAUUUUUGUCCAAGCAGAGGGAGAGCUUUCUUCAGUGCUUCUCCACCUAUCUCAAUUGAACUUGACUUCUGUAUUUUUCUUAGAGUACAAAUGCCUAAGAACAGCAAGGUAGUGAAAAGAGAACUAGAUGAUGAGGUCAUUGAGUCGGUUAAGGACCUUCUCUCUAAUGAAGACUCUUCAGAUGAUGCCUUUAAGAAGAGUGAACUUAUGGUUGAUGAUCAGGAAGAAAAAGAUGUAGAUGUUGAAGAAGGCUCAGAUGUGGAAGAUGAAAGACCUGCUUGGAACAGCAAACUCCAAUAUAUUCUGGCACAAGUUGGAUUUUCUGUGGGACUUGGGAAUGUGUGGCGAUUCCCAUAUCUGUGUCAGAAAAAUGGUGGAGGUGCCUAUCUUGUGCCAUACUUAAUCUUGCUACUGAUCAUAGGGAUUCCACUCUUUUUCUUGGAGCUUUCCGUGGGGCAGAGAAUCCGCCGAGGGAGUAUUGGUGUAUGGAAUUAUAUCAGCCCCAAACUUGGAGGAAUUGGAUUUGCUAGCUGUGUAGUAUGCUUCUUUGUGGCCCUGUACUACAAUGUCAUUAUUGGAUGGAGUCUGUUUUACUUUUCCCAGUCUUUUCAGCAUCCAUUACCAUGGGACCAGUGUCCUUUAGUUAAAAAUACAUCCCAUACCUUUGUGGAGCCAGAGUGUGAAAAAAGUUCUGCAACAACUUAUUACUGGUACAGAGAAGCACUGAAUAUUUCCAGCUCGCUUUCAGAGAGUGGGGGUUUAAACUGGAAGAUGACUAUCUGCUUGCUGGCUGCCUGGGUCAUGGUAUGCCUAGCCAUGAUCAAAGGCAUUCAGUCUUCUGGUAAAAUAAUGUACUUUAGUUCCCUUUUUCCUUAUGUGGUACUUCUGUGCUUUCUGAUCAGAGGAUUGCUCCUUAAUGGGUCAUUAGAUGGAAUUCGUCACAUGUUCACACCUAAGCUUGAAAUAAUGCUGGAGCCCAAGGUCUGGAGAGAAGCUGCUACUCAGGUGUUCUUUGCCUUAGGGCUCGGAUUUGGUGGAGUCAUUGCCUUUUCAAGCUACAACAAGAGAGACAACAACUGCCAUUUUGAUGCUGUACUGGUGUCCUUCAUCAAUUUUUUCACUUCUGUGCUGGCAACCUUGGUGGUGUUUGCAGUUCUGGGCUUCAAAGCCAAUAUCAUAAAUGAAAAAUGUGUUAUCCAAAAUUCAGAGAAGAUUUUAAAACUUUUGAAAACAGGCAAUCUGAGCCAGGAUAUGAUCCCACAUCAUAUCAAUUUCUCAAGCAUUACAGCAGAAGAUUACAAUUUAGUUUAUGACAUUAUUCAGAAAGUUAAGGAAGAAGAAUUUGAUUCUCUUGGUCUGAAAUCUUGUCAAAUUGAGGAUGAACUUGACAAGGCUGUUCAAGGAACUGGUUUAGCUUUUAUUGCCUUUACAGAAGCAAUGACCCACUUUCCUGCUUCUCCCUUCUGGUCAGUCAUGUUCUUUCUCAUGUUGGUGAAUUUGGGACUAGGAAGUAUGUUUGGAACCAUUGAAGGCAUCAUCACACCCAUUGUUGAUACCUUCAAAGUUAGGAAAGAAAUUCUUACUGUUAUCUGCUGCUUGGUAGCAUUUUUUAUUGGCCUGAUCUUUGUGCAGCGCUCUGGAAAUUAUUUUGUCACGAUGUUUGAUGACUACUCAGCUACUCUGCCCCUGCUUAUUGUGGUCAUUUUGGAGAACAUUGCAGUUACCCGAAUUUAUGGAAUAGAAAAAUUUAUGGAGGAUCUGAAAGACAUGCUUGGUUUUUCUCCAAGUCAGUAUUAUUACUACAUGUGGAAAUAUGUUUCACCUUUAGUAUUGUUAUGUUUGCUGUUAGCUAGCAUUGUCCAAAUGGGAUUAAGUCCUCCUGGCUACAAUGCGUGGAUUGAAGACAUGGCUUCAGAAGAGUUCCACAGCUAUCCAACAUGGGGAAUGAUUGUCUGUAUAUCUCUGAUGGUACUGGCCAUACUGCCAGUCCCAAUAGUCUUCAUAGUGCGUCGCUGCAACCUUAUUGAUGACAGCUCUGGUAGCUUGGCGUCUGUAUCCUACAAAAGAGGCCGGAUAAUAAAGGAGCCUGUUAAUCUGGAGGGAGAUAAUACAAGUCUGAUUCAUGGGAAGAGUCCAAGUGAAGUGCCAUCUCCAAAUUUUGGAAAAAACAUAUAUCGAAAACAGACUGGAUCACCAACUCUGGAUACUGCUCCAAAUGGACGCUAUGGUAUUGGAUACCUAAUGGCAGAUAUGCCUGAUAUGCCAGAGUCUGACUUGUAACUACAGAAAAAAUGUUCUCUGUUUUUCUUGUUGCUGAUCAUGGCUUUCCUAAGAGAGGUGGUCAGCUUCACUUACUAGGGUGCGAUCUCAGGUGCUCUGUAGUGGCAGUCUUUAAGAUACCAUGACUGACUGUACAGGUUGAGAAAACUCCUUUUGGAUUAGUCCUGUGGGUUUUCAUUUGCACUGAAGGGAAUAAAUGAAAAAUCAAUGGCAGCCUACAUCUGCCAGCAUAGCUGAGAAUUAGUUUUUAAAAUUAAUUCCUAAAUCUAAAGCUUUCUAUCACUGAAGCCCAAGUCUCACUCAAAUGAUGUAAUAUUUCUGAGGUAAUAUCACUGCAAAUCCUUUUUUGUUUGUUUGUUUUGUUUUGUUUCUGCUUUCAAGUUAACUCCCCGGUUUUAAAAGUGAGCUCUGAAGUAGUUCACCAAACCCAUGUUGUGCACACAUUUGUAUAUACCCUAUGUAGAUAUGUUGUACUUAUUUUGUUAGCACUGAUAAUUACUUAGGCUAUUAGCUGAGUAAAAAACAAACCUGCAAACUAUUUUCUUAUGUAAUAGCUGUAUAGAACAAUAGUAUUAGAAAAUCAAGGAGUAGACUUAUGGGAAGGUAAGGAAAGAUUCCCUGUUCACUGGGGACUGCAUAAACGGUCUGUAUAUUUUGUGUAAAAUAUUUGCUUUUUCAGUGUGAAAACAGUGUAAGAGUGAGUCACUCCAAGAAUCUUAAGAAUUGUGCAGAUUCUGCAUUUUUUUCUAUGCUGUGUGCCUAAAAAUGAACUUCUUGAUAUUUAUUGUGGUUACAAGAUUACAUAUAUAUUAUAUUUAUAUAAUAUACUUGUAAUGUAAAUAUGUAUAUUAUUCUGUAUGUAAUCGUUUCAAACGUUAAAGCAAGAUGGCUUUUUUUAAUUACUCUCCUUCUGUUUUUGCUUCUGUUUUAUGCAGAUAAUUUUUUUCAGUCAGUAAUUGUUA